AUGACGCUCAGGCUUUCUCGCCUUCCCGGCGUUUACAACGGCGUUAGAUGCGAGAACUGUUCCUACAAGUGGUUUGGCCUUGGCGGCAACUCCACUCACACCUCGCUCGUCUCUCAACAGACCAGAACGUUGACCUUUGCCAGCGACCUUUCUGGCUACGCUAGCACUGCGCCUACUGGAGAUGCUACAGCCGGCACCUCUGCCCUGGUUACAAGGCUACAUUCCAUGGGCGCCCUCGGUAGCCCCUUCAUCACGAAUUGCUCGAUUCCUCAGAUGCCAGAAGACAACCAUGAGCAGGUAGAAGCCAGGCCGCCAUCACGGCUUCGCGCCUACAUACCCCCCUCUUUAGGACGCCACGCCAGCUCCUUGUCCAAACACUCGUCCAGAAGUAGUCGGGCCAGAAGAGAGCAGCCUCAGCAGUCCGGUCAGGCUGAUCCCGCCUCGCAUCCCGGGCAAGCCCACCAAGGCACCGAUAAAAGUGGCUCUAAAAUUCGAGGCCUUACAACACGCGUCAAGGGGAAGCUCAAGGCAGUGCUCUUCCGCCUUCGCCAAGUGAAGGCCAUAAGACGUGCGCGCCGCCGGACCAGUUGCCAGUCAGUCGACACCAGUCGCGCUACUACAACAGAGAACAGCCGUCCACUGUCCGUCAGCCCGAAAGAAUCGCGAUCUACCAAUCAUCAGGCUCUGCCGAACCAACAGGGCCAAGCGUCCAUGUCGACCCCCCGAAGCCCCGCUGGGAUCGCGCCUCGUGCAUUAUCGCGUCGCCAAAGCGCACCCGAACCCGGCUCGCAACCCCGCAACUUUGGUUCCGAUCGCCACGGCGAAGAAGCUUACCAAAAGCCAUUUUCACUCGAGAAACGGCCUGGAGAUCCUGAGAGCAAUGAGCGCAUCCAAGAAAUUAGGCGAGCAAAAACCAUAUCGGCACAGCAAACCCGAUGCGAGUGCUCCAUGGACUGUUAUUGCAAGAGGCCGACAAGCUCCCUGGUUCCGGACAAUCCACUUACAGAUCGGGAUUCUCUCGCGGGUCUUGAUCUUGCACAAUCUUCUGGCUCGCACAUCUCUCGAGACUCGAGGGAUCUCAUAGGGAUAGGCAGCCACUUCCUAAACCACCACCCCAACAUCAGUGAGGCUGGCUUCUCGAUGAGCAGCGCUGGUUCGAUCCGUGGACGAAGUCAGACGCGUCGAGGUCGAGAGAUUUCCUGGCGGCGUAGCAACGCGACCUGGGGCAGCCAGGCCUCCACUGCUUAUGCAGACAGUGAUGCAGGGUCCUCUACCGCAACCAGAAGUUCUUUCCCGCGCUCCGACCUGCUACACAUUGCGACCACCCCAAGGCGAACCCACAUCCCUUCGCCCCUGGCGUCGCCUACAAACCUCAACGGAUUCCUGGAUCACGACAACGAGCACACGCCACGACGGCCGGAAUCCAUCUCAUCCGCCGACGAAGACUAUUCCUUGUCCGAACGUGCUCCCGAUGGGAUCCCUUCCGUCUCUCCCAUACAGGAAGCUGCCAGCGGAGGCAGCGCACGAGUUUCAACGAUCUCGAUGAGCAGUGAUUACGGUUACAGAGGUGAGAGUGUGAGAGUAUCUAUAGAUGCUCCAGAAGUAGGUGGGACGGGACAAUCAAACUACUCGAGCAGUCAACCCCAUGGCCCCCUAAACUCACAUCCCGCCAUGUGA